AUGCUGAACCCCCAGAAUUUGGUGACUGCCUAUGGACUAGCAAGGAUGCAGGAGGAAAAUCUAUCAAUCAUGAGGAAAUCCUGGAGGCCUAGUGCUAUGGGACUUCAAGGCCGCAGCCCAACACCAAUUCAGUCCAGGGCUGAAAAUAAACCAGGACCUGGCUAUAAGUGUGGAGGACCAAGGAUAUUCUUGAUAGAGGAAGUAGAUGAGGAGGUGGAGGAGAAAACUUGUGCCCCUGAAGAUCUGAUUGAUUUAGGAGAACCUCCGGAAGAAGGCAAUGAGGAUAUUGGCAUAUCGCUUCAUGCAAUCAUAGGGAGUCCCAAUCCUAAAACUAUGAGGGUAGAAGUUAAGCUAAGUGGCCAUAACUUCGUGGCCUUAAUUGACACAGGAAGUACACAUAAUUUCAUACACCCCAGGGUAGCCAGGAGGGUAGGGAUGAAAGUCCUAAAACACAAGCCUAUCAGGGUGAAUAUUGCAGAUGUGAUGAUGGCCGUAAUUGCAGAUUUCAUGCUUGUUUUUCUUCCUGCUCCCACGGUUUCUCUCCGUUCACCACUAGCAGGAAACGCUGGACCUAUUGCAAAGUUCUUCCACAACUGCCCUGAUAAUGCAUUCCAGGUGGCUCUCGCUGGAACUUCCUAUUCACUCUUACAGAGAUUAGGUGCUAUAGCGCGUAAUGGAGCGAAGCUUUUUGUUGUUGGCACCGCCUCCUCACUGGUUGGUACCGCUGUGACAAAUACCUUGAUCAAUGCACGGAAAACUGUGGACAAGUCUUCUGCUGGUGAGGUUGAAAAUGUACCUAUUUUAUCUACCAGUGUUGCCUAUGGUGUCUACAUGGCAGUUUCUAGCAACCUCAGGUAUCAAAUACUGGCUGGUGUUGUUGAACAGCGCAUCUUGGAACCUAUGCUACACCAGCACAAGCUCAUGCUAGGUGCACUUUGUUUUGCUGUUCGAACAGGCAACACGUUCCUGGGUUCAUUAUUGUGGGUGGACUAUGCUCGCUUGAUAGGAAUCCAAAAGGCGCAUGAGGAGCACAGGGAAUGGACUGAUUAGUUCUAGAAAUGUUGGCUUGUCUGUGUUUAAAUCGCUUGAAGUAGGCAUGUCAAUUCGAGUUUUUUUGGUUGCUGAACUACCGAAGUUUCAUGAAAAUUUGUAGGUAGUCUCAGUUUCUCUAUGAUUCUUAAAUGUAAUUUUUUCCGUUCUCAUUGUUGGUGUCCAGAUUCGGACACAAUUGCUGGUAAAUUUGAACUAUCGAAAGGGGAUAAAGGAUUGCAGGAAUAAACAUUUUGAUGUGAAUUUUUUUUUGUUGGAAUAUCAGAAAUAGAAAAAGAUUACCAUUCUUGACA